GGGAAGCUGGCCCCUCCUUACCUGGCAACUGGUCCACUUGCUCCCGGGCAGAUUUUCCGUUCAGUUCGUCGUGGUCCCCUCACGGCCCUCUAAGCAGUUGCCCCGCGGAAGUAGCCAAGUGGUCCGCCCCCUGGUUGCCAUAACAGCAGUACGCGAAGCCUCCUUGCGCCUUUCUCGUCUUUCAAAGCAGUCCUUCCUGGUCGGGGCCAAGACCCUCUCCGGAACCUCAUCUUUAGUCGAGCAGAACCAGGGAGGAGCACUGAGCUUGAUUUGACUCCGGAGCCUUCAGCCAGGAAGAAAGAUGUCAGAUGAAGAUGAUCUGGAAGACUUCGAUGCAGACCAGGAUGAUCUGGAAAAGGAAGAGGAUGAGAGGGAGACAGAGGAGUGGGAAGACUACAGGAAGGAGGGAGAAGACCUCUCUGAGAAAUGGUUGCCCACCCCCCUCACGGAGGACAUGAUGAAGGAAGGGCUUUCUUUGCUCUGCAAGACGGGCAAUGGACUGGCUCAUGCUUACGUCAAGCUGGAGGUUAAAGAGAGGGAUCUGACAGAUAUCUACUUGUUGCGUUCCUACAUCCAUCUGCGCUAUGUGGAUGUUUCUGAGAACCACCUGACAGAUUUGUCCCCACUCAAUUUCCUUACACACCUGCUCUGGCUCAAGGCUGAUGGCAACCAUCUGCGGAGUACCCGUCUGAAUGAACUGCCCUACCUGCAGGUUGCCAGUUUUGCCUAUAACCAGAUCACUGACACGGAGGGCAUCUCUCACCCUCGUCUGGGCAGCCUGGAUCUCAAAGGUAACCGCAUCCGCAUGGUGACAGGUCUGGACCCCCAAAAGCUGAUCAGCCUGCACACCUUGGAGCUUCGGGGGAACCAGAUAGAAACCACCCUGGGAAUCAACCUUCCUAAACUGAAGAACCUCUUCUUGGCCCAGAACAUGCUGAAGAAGGUGGAGGGCUUGGAGAACCUAAGCAAUCUCACUACCUUGCAUCUUCGAGACAACCAGAUUGAGACUCUGAGUGGCUUCUCCAAGGAAAUGACGUCGUUACAGUAUCUCAACCUGAGAACAGACCAUGGUGCUCCCAGGUUCCUGGAAGGGCAGAGGCAGGACUGGAGCAGGUUGGACAGACAGCCCCUCUGCUGCAAAGCUCGCAAUGCUGAGCACGCCAGUCCGCAGAGGGGCAACAUGGUGACCCACUUGGGAGAGCUGGCCAAGCUUCGGGACCUGCCCAAGCUGCGAGCCUUGGUGCUGUUGGACAACCCGUGUACAGAUGAGAGUGACUAUCGCCAGGAGGCCCUGGUGCAGAUAGCACACCUCGAACGCCUGGAUAAAGAUUUCUACGAGGAGGAGGAGCGGGCUGAGGCUGAUGAGAUCCGUCAGAGGAUGAAGGAGACCCAGGAGCAGGAGGCUGAGCCUGAGCACAGCUUCGAACUGGAGCAGUCUUCCAUGUAGCAGCAGCUCUUUUAGCCUCCAAGAAUAGAGAUUAAAGACACUGGCUCUAAGACCCGAGAAGACUCCCAGUUAGGGGGGCUUCCACGUUCACCCCCCUCAUCCUGAGACAGAGCAUGCCCUCUCUUGCCUCACACCUGGGAAUUCAUCACAGCUUGCUGUCCAGGCUCUGGGUGGGCACCUGGGCAGCGUCCGGGUGGGCCUGAACCCUGCCUGGAACGUGUGUGUGUGUGUGUGUGUGUGUGUGUGUGUGUGUGUGUGUGAGUGAGUGUGUUUGGGUGUGGCAGCCCUCGGGCAGGUAUGGGAAAAUCAGGCCUGGAUGGGCCCAGGGGAUGCUCCUAGAGUUGGCUGCAGAGGAGCUGCGGAGGCGGCUGGGUGUGUUACAACAGUUCGGUUUUCA